GACUCAGAUAGAAUAGUUCAACACCAACUUCCAAACACUCUCCUUAAAUUCAACAUUUCGAUUUCAUCGCUCACUUUCGAUUUCUAAAACCCUAAACCCUAAUUAAUUUAAAAUCUCCAUCAAUAAAAAAAAAAAGAAAGAAAGAAAAUCAAAAACUCUAAUAAAAAUGUCUUCCAUUGUUCUUAGAUCUGGAACAAUUUCAAAUAAUUUCAGUUCAAAGAUUAUUUCUCAAAGGGGUUUAUGUUCAGGAGUGGUUUCUUCUUCUUCGGAUCCUUCUAAAGGAACAAUAAUUUCUUCACAAUCUAUUCUCUCCGAUCAGUCGACACCUCCUCCUCCGGCGCCAGAAGUUGCCCCACAGGUUUCGGGAGGGAAAAUUUGGAGCUUUGUCAAGUACGGACUCAUUGCAGGUGUUACUGGAACUACUGGCUAUGCUGGUUAUCUCUCUUAUAAGUGUUCAUGUGAGGAAGUAGAUCAUAAAGCAAAGGCAUUGCGGGCUGCAGCGAGUUAUACUCAUAGUGAAGAUGCUUCUGCUAUUGAUAAAUAUGGAGGCUUGCUCUACUCUGCUGCAAUGACAGUUCCGGCUAAAGCACUUGAAUCUUAUUUGGAUCUCAGGAGGUUAGUGGAAGAGCAUUUGCUGGAAUAUACUGAACCAACAUCAGAUAAGCUUCUUCCUGAUUUGCAUCCUCUAGAACAGCAUGUUUUUACUCUUGUCCUAGAUCUGAACGAGACAUUACUUUAUACAGACUGGAGGCGAGAGAGAGGCUGGCGUACCUUCAAAAGACCUGGAGUUGAUGCCUUUCUGGAACAUCUAGCAAAAUUCUAUGAAAUUGUCGUCUAUUCUGACCAGAUGAAUAUGUAUGUUGAUCCUGUUUGUGAAAGGUUGGACACUAACCAUUGUAUACGAUAUAGGCUAUCAAGGGGUGCUACUAAAUAUCAGGAUGGCAAGCAUUAUAGAGAUCUUUCAAAGCUAAACAGGGAUCCAGCCAAGAUUUUAUAUGUGAGUGCUCAUGCAUUUGAUUCUAGCCUUCAACCAGAAAAUUGUGUCCCUAUUAAGCCAUAUAAGCUCGAGACAGAUGAUACCGCACUUUUAGACCUUAUUCCAUUUCUUGAAUAUGUAGCCCGCAAUAGUCCGGCUGAUAUCAGACAAGUAUUGCAAUCCUAUGAAAGAAAAGAUAUCGCAAAAGAGUUUCUCGAGCGUUCUAAAGAGUAUCAAAGGCGAGUUCAAGAACAGAAACAACAAGGUCGGCUUUGGCGGCGCUGACGAAAGGGUUACGUAAAGUCGAUGAUUGCAGUUUACGGAGAUCAUUUAGCAUAGAAGAAUGUGAAAGACAAUACAUAUCAAGUUUUCCAGUAAAAAGGCUAUUUUAUGAUAAAAAGAUCAUACAUUGAUGACUCUUUGCAUUGCAUCAUUUAAAUUGUCUGAUGAAACAAUUUGUAAUUUUUUUCUGCCGAGAUGUAGGCAGGCUUUCAAUAUGUUGUUGAAACUAAAAAUUUUUGCCACAGCAAAUGAAAUCAAAAUUCAGUUUCUUUCUCUACAAGAAUAA